GCUGCUCUGGACAGACCGGGAGAAACUUUUCUUCCCUGGCUUUGAGCCCGCUGAACUGUGACCGCUGCUGUGUUGGGUUUUAUUUCUUUUUCUUCUUCUUCUUCUUCUUUUUCUUCUUCUUCUUCUUCUUGCGUGCCGCCUCUCACUUUAUUUCUACGUGGGUGAGCAGUGUGUGCGUGUAUUUGUAGCACCUCCCCGCUCCUCCACAGAUCUGGUUGCCCCCUUGUACCUUUACAAGCUGCACCAUGCAUUUCUCCUGCGCCUCCUGGCUACUAUAGUUAGAGCAGGAUCUACACACACACACACACACACACACACACACACACACACACACACACACACACACACACACACACACACACACACACAGCUGACUCUCCUUCCCUCAUAACUUGGUUUGGACUCCGGGCCGUGCGUCAUGCCGGUGCACCUGAAGCGCACCUCGGCUCCGUUGCAGAACCGCAUGGUUCCCUUGUAACUGGAUCUAUUUUUUUUUUGAAUUAUUUUUUUCUGGGAGGGAGUGAGGGGGGGGGGCAUGCUCUCCUCGUCUCUGGAGAACACUUGCAAAAAAGAGGAGAAGAAAGUAGAAAGGCGAGGGUGAGCUGCAGAAGGAGGGAGAGAUCAUCUUAGAGAGAGAGAGAGAGAGAGAGAGAGAGAGAGAGAGAGAGAGAGAGAGAGAGAGAGAGAGCUACUCGGGCUACUUGUAGAUGUUUGAUCAGGCCACGACUAUGGGCGAUGGGAACCACCGCUGUGGACCCAACCCGCUGUGUCCGGACCGGAUGGAGGCAAAGUGCCGCGCCGAGAUAGGGAGCCGGUCCCCGGUGCAGAGCAGCACCGACACCCCGGGGACAUCGGCGUCCACCCCGACGUCCUCCAGCGAAGACGGACACGACAAACUUUUGGGAGUGGACCCUGACUACUGUCGGAGGAUAUUAGUGAGAGACGCCAAAGGCACCAUCCGGGAGAUCGUCCUGCCGAAGGGCCUCGACCUGGACCGGCCCAAGCGCACGCGGACCUCCUUCACGGCCGAGCAGCUGUACCGGCUCGAGCUCGAGUUCCAGCGGUGCCAGUACGUCGUGGGUCGCGAGCGCACCGACCUCGCGAGGCAGCUCAAUCUUUCCGAAACGCAGGUCAAGGUUUGGUUCCAGAACCGCCGGACCAAACAGAAGAAGGACACCACCAAGGAUUCGGACAAACGCUCCUCCUCCUCCAACGAGUCACUGGCCACCUGCAACAUCCUGCGCCUCCUGGAGCAGGGCCGCCUCCUGUCGGGCCCCAUCCCGCCGCCGAACUCCCUCCUGGGGCCUCCGCAUCCGUCAAACGGCUCCUUGCUGAGCAGCCCAGGUGGAGGCUCCUCCAACUCUCCGGGCAUCAGCAGCAGCACUCCUCCCAACUCCCUAGCAGGGGGGACUUUCGGGCUGUCGCUGCCCUCGCUGGGUGGCACCCCGCCCUCACCACGGCUGGGCAUCCCGCCGCCACACUCCCUCUGCUUCUCCAUGCCGCUGCUGGGGGGCGCUCACCAUGAACUGACAUCCACCUACGGCUGCGGUUCUUCAGCUUUUGAGCCGUACAUGCGGCUGGACAGGAAGGAGGCAGAUCUUGGAGGGAAGAAGACGGUUUCUUAAGUAACAGAACUUGUCUCUGAUGGAUUGGUUUCUCCUCAGAUGUUCACUCUGCAGCCUGUUGGACAUUUGAGCAGACUGGGGACAGAAAGAAACCUGGAUCACGAGAAAUGUGAAAAAGAAAGAGACCAGGUUCCUUGUGGCACCAUUUUGUGAUUCACAGAUCUGUGGGCACAUAAAAUGGUGAAAAAGAGACUCUCCCACUUUAAAAAAAAAGAAAGAAACUUGUGAAUUUUUGCAAAAAUGCCGUGUGUGUAUGUUUCGCGUGAAACCUUGACAAAAAGAUGUUUUUAUCACCACUCUCUUCGCAGUGGUUUCAAGUGACUCUUCACUUUUUUGUCCAGUGAGUUUGUGUGUGUGAUUUUUCUCUCUAUACAGGCCUUCAUUUACUGUUCAGGAAAAAAAAAAAAUACUUGACAUAGAUAGUUCAGAUUGAAUCAGACUCUGAAUGAGAAGAGAGGUAUUUCAAAGACAGCAGUUUGUACACAUUUCAGUACAAGUGGCCAUGUUUGAUUUUAGUUAAUGUGCUAUCACGAUAUGGAAGAAACACUGAAAAAAAAAAAGAAUCGUAGCAUUUAAUAUCAGUCUGUUUGGUGUCCAGCAGUAGUUAAUGUAAAUUCUUUAUUUGGUUGUGUUUGUGUAUGAAAUAAUCUGUGGUAGAAUCUGGACAAAUGGUGCAAAAAUCACAUAUCUAGAGCCGAUAGUUUAAUAUAAAAGAACUUGAGAAGAAUAGUUGCUCGAGAAAGCUGGUUAGACUCUGCCAAAGCAUUUAUGGAUGAAGCUUUGGAGGUGCCACAUGUGUGUCCUCCAAACAGAGACAUGACCUUCGAACUCAGAUUAACUUUUCAAUCUUUGAUUCACUUAAAUGUCUUAAGAGACACUCUUGUUGAAUAAGACUCGACGGAAGAGUUUUGAAACAUCAGUUUUUGGAGAUUUCUUUUAUUCACAGAACCAAACUUGUGUAGGCCAGAAAUGAAAGGAGCCCAUUAGUCGAUCCAGAGGUUUCUGUUUUCCAUUGGUUGAGUCUAGAGCUGCAACAAUUAGUUGAUUAAUCGAUUAGUCCAUCGACUGAAAAUUUGACUAUUUUGUUAAACUUUUUUUUUGUUGUCAUUUUUCAAGCAAAAGUACCAAACAUUCUCUUCAUUCCACUUCCAGCUUUAAAAAAACUGACAAUUUUGCAGUUCGUUUUUGUCAUAUAUGACAGUAACUCACCACAGCCUCAGACAAACUGUGAUUUGAACCUUUUUUUUUUACAUUUCACAGACUAAACGAUUAAUCGAUGAUGAAAAUAUUCGUUGGUUGUAGCCCUAGUUGGUAAUGAGCCGUGAGAUUUGCUGCUGUUUUAUCACAACACUCAUUUCUCUUAUUCAUAAGUUGCCCAAUUUAUGGUUUGCAACAACAUCUUACGUAUCCGUAAUCACAAGAAAUGUAUUUUUACAAGAAACUUUAACCUGUGUGCACAUGCUUAGGGUGCAGCAUCACAUGUGAAAGGUUGUAUUUGUGAUCAUUAUUUAUUUUUCUUCAAGUUGGUAUUUGUGUUUGCACCAUUUUUCUGCUUUUUUGAUGAUUUUAAUGACUUUUGGCUCGGCCUCCUCUAAAACUUCAGCUCUUCUUAAUCGAAAAGAUUUCUUCUGCUUGCCCCUCAUUCAAAGCACUUUAUGUUUGUAGGUUUUUAUUCAUCAUCCAGUUUUCCUCCCCCCGAUAACUCCCUUUUGUGAACAGACUGAAAAACCUCCCAGCUUUGCUAACACUGUUUGGAGUCAGUUUAUUCUUAGAAUGGUAUUUUUUCACAAUUUCAGCUUGAAAUAAAAGCCACUUUAUUUACAUAAAUUGAUUCUUUUCAACCUAAAACUGGCUUCAGGAUCCGAAAAACAGCCCACUUUGAUACACACAUUUCUCUGUGGUUUAGAAAAUAUACAUUAAAUUCAUGCACGACAGGCAGAAGGAGGAAAAAAACAGCUGUAAUAUUUCCCCCCAAUAUGAUUCCAUUUUUCCAAUGUCUCCUUGUUGUCCAAAGAAAAUCCAAACUCACCUGCGAGAACCUACGAUUCCCAACAGUUUGCCCUCAAUCUGUGUGUGUCAGAUGAGCCUUCGUCCCUUUUCAUAACUUCUGUCUCGUCUGUUUGCUGCCCUUCACUUUCACCUCUUAUUUCCCCACGUGUCUAUUCAUUUCUAGGUGUCCUCUCAUUGUGAGGUUUAAUACGUUUUCCCUUUAACUUUUCUCCCACGCUCGCUGAAGGUGACUCCACACCUAUUAAUUUUCUUAUUCAAACGGACACUCUCGUGACAUCAAUUUAAAAAGUAAUGGCCAGGCUUCGGCUAAAGCAGCCGAGCAUGUUUCCAGCUGCAGGUGAACGCAUGUAAAGGUUCUGACCUCAGCCUCUGAAAACAACCCCCGUCUGGCGGCUCACCGGGCCUUUUUGCACCCGUGUAGCGCCGGCUGGUAGCAGGUGAUUUGUUGUUGUUGUGUUCAGGGCCCCGCCAGCGCUACGAACAAGCCUGUUAUCCACUCACGGCUCUUUGCAACGGUGCACCUAUGCUGUUGUUGAACACUGUAUUAUUUUCUAUAAGCACCAUCCAUAAUUCACACGCUGUGGCAUCAAAUAUUAAGCAGAGAGAUGGAGCUGAGAGGUCAGGAGUCUUGCUUCUCAUGUCAGGCCACUGUACCCUUUCACAAACCCUCCUUUUUUUCCUCUACUCACACUGGGGUCGUUUUGCUGCAUUGCUGCAUUGAUAAGUUGCGUUCCUGCUGUGUGGCAAGCAAAACACAUCUAUUUUCUUUUUUUCUGGAAUAUUAAACAAUUAUGUUGCAUGAUUUAGAGCUGCAAGAAAUGGUAGAUAAAAGAGCUCUAAAACUGCUGUAAAAAAACUUUCUCCAUUGAUUCAAUUUUCCGUCAUUUGCCAGUCAAUGUGACAGGAGAGGUAUGUACUUGAAAAACAGCAUUUCCCUCGACAUUCAUAAUCAGCACUGACUCCAUAUUCUGUCACUGUACGGUGGUGUUUUGUAAUGUAAAUCUGCAGUUACUGUGUUGUGUGCUCAGUCAUGAGGAGGCUACUUGAGAGCAGCUAGGUGGAGCUUGAGGGAGACGGAGGAGAAAAAGAAGUGAGACGCCACUCGUCUUCAGCAGAAAUAAGCUUUUUAAAGCCUUGCAUCUGUUAAACAAAGCGUUUUGUUUUUAGUUUCCUUCGGUUCUUCUUCAGCUUCUUUUUCUUUUUCUUUUCAGUCCAGCUGAGUGGAAAUGUUGCUUUUGUUGUGUGCAAUCUGUGACAUCUUGCAUUUAGGUCUCCACCAUUUCAGAAGCAUAAAGGGCCUUAUUGUGGCUCUCACUAUUCUGCAUCAUGAGUUUUUUUCUGAUGGGCAAAGUCCUUUGAGAUUGUGUGGAAAUGUUCCUUUAUUUUAAAAAUGAACUUGUUCUUUUUUCUUUUCUUUAUGCACAGCCAAGGUCCUGCAUAGGCCAUAACUUCUUUUCUUUAAGCAGUAAAAGUUACUUAAUGUCAAGCUAAUGGCACCAGCUACUACUUAUGAUGAACAAACGCUAUGUACAUAGAUAUAAAUUUAUAUAUGAAUAUAUAUAAAUGGGUCUUUGCACAAGUUAUCUCCAUGUCCGCUCCAUGUGAUUUUAACAGGAAAAACAAAAACGCGACUGAAGAUUCCGAAAAAAAGACUUUAUAUUAUGCUUUACAAUUCUUUGUCUCAUUAACAUUUUGCACUUAUUUAAAGAGGCUUACUUCUG